AUGGAGGAACGAUACAAACUCGCUAGUAAGCGAAGCCGCACAGGCUGCAUCCCUCUACGUGAGCGGAGAAGUGCGUUAGGCCCUGGUCAGCACUCCCCAUGGUCUUUUGACGGUGCCCAAGUUUCGACGGACUCGCCUACGAGACGCACUGUGUCGCCGACCAGCAAGCUUGUUCAGAUGUCAAAGUCUUUGCACUCCGAUCUAAACAGGUCGUUGAAUCCUUUCCAUACCUUACCUAUCAAGAUGCCUUUCAAGUCACUGGAACUUCUCCGAUAUUUCUUUCAGACCGGGCAGAACUGUUUGUCACAAGAACUGCGCGAUAGGCCGACUAUGGUUAUCCAUGAUCCUGAUGUUCUGCGCAAUCUUUUACUAAUAUCCAGUCUUCACUAUGCGUGGAAUGCAGGCGACCUCCAAUUGUUUGAGUCCACAUUCCUAUUCCACAAGAUUCAGAGUAUACGCCAAGUCAAUUUAUGGCUUCAGAAUUCCGAAAAUAGAAAAGACAUUAUGAUGUGUACAAAUUAUAUCAAUACAUUGUGCUUUAUAGAGUGUUGCCUUGGUAACUUCAACAUUGCAGAUUCGCACCUAAAUGGCCUCAUGUUGUAUUUAGAUUCUACACGGCAAUUGCUUGACAACGACUCUGCAUCGAAUGAGGUCGAAUCCGAGAUGAUAGAUCGCUAUCUCAUAUUGGUGUGCAAUUUCGUUUCAAGUCAAAAGAACCGUGUAGAUGACUUUCUUAAAAGUCACGAUACAGUUGCUUCGCCUUUUGAUUCUGGAGACUCAUUGCCUUUAAUACAUAAAUGGCACCACCAAGAAGAAACUGGCCCUGCAUUUCGCCUUAGAACCGUGUCCAUGAUGCCAUUCUUCUUUACGCCUAUCACUCUGGAUAAAAUGCCCAAAGAUAUCGAUGCACGAGCCAUUAUAGAUGCCCUUCAACAUACAACCUAUCUACACGGCUUGAGGUAUGGAAAGGUGUCAGAUGCGGUCACUAGUGCAACCUGGAAGGUUUGGAAGAGUGGCAGUGCUGUGAAGCUAUUCUCUGCAAUCAUCAAUGGUCAUAUGGAAAUCUUUUCCGCCACACAGGCGUCGGAUGAGAGUCAGAUAUAUGAAACUCGGCCAAUUUUAUCAUCUUGGUCUGGCCUCUGCGUCGGAGUCGGCAUAUAUCUGGCUACUGUUCUUGGAAUGAGCAAUCGGGGUUUACCACCGGUAACUCAACUACAUCAUCACACUCUCAAUAUUUUGAAGCGUGACAUGGAGAGGGGCUUCCGACUUUUGGACGAAAUGAGUCAGGAGGAGCAAGAUUUGUGGUUUUGGAAGGUAUAUGCCGGGUCGUUGAGUCUAAUGCAUGCUCAGUCACUCUCUUAUAGUAAACAGUUGGACGAACUGUUUUUAAAAUUCACUUACUACCUACGAAUGUGGGGGGUGAGGUCGGGUGUCACGGGAUGGGCAGAAGCAAGAAAAAUAUUAAUGCGUACUGCUUGGCCUGUAAUGUCAAAUCAGGAUAGCUUGAUGUUGUCACUGUGGGAGAUAUAUAUAGCAGGAAGCUGA